UGGCAGCUUCAGGUUUCCACUGAGGUAAUGAUUUAGCGUAACUGUACAUGGUUUAUUUGUUUAUUUAUUGUUAUAUUAAGACGCAACCCAAUUUACUGUGCGUUUUCGCCAAUAAAUAGGCAUGGGUGACUGUGCCGUGCAAAAAAUGCACAGCCAGCUUUUUUAAGGUAGUCUGUCCUAACGUAUGGGGGGGAUCUGUGGGACAGCUUCAGGACGAUCAGUCGGAUUCACCAAUUCCCAAGGUGCGCUUUGUUUCAAGGAAUCAUAUUUACAGUAUUUAAGUCUAGGUAGUAGGGAUGGAGCCUGUGUUUGCUGCGGGAGUGGCUUUGCGCUUGCGAAGCGACAGGGACCGUUCGGAGGGUCUGGGCCAGAAUGACAAAGCUCACAAGUUCCUGGGACAGGACUUUGAGAUCCUGAGAGCUCAGUGCCUUCAAAGUAAACGACUGUUUGAGGAUGACUACUUCCCCGCAAAACACUCCUCACUUGGUUUCAAGGAGCUUGGACCGAGCUCAGCGAAAGCACAGGGGGUCCGGUGGCUAAGACCCACGGAGUUCUGCUCUGACCCCCACUUUAUCGUAGAUGGUGCUACUCGCACAGACAUCUGCCAGGGAGCUCUGGGUGACUGCUGGUUGCUGGCAGCCAUUGCAUGCCUUACCCUGAAUGAGCCCUUGUUGCAUCGGGUGGUGCCCCAUGGACAGAGCUUCCACCAUGACUAUGCAGGAAUAUUUCACUUCCAGAUCUGGCAGUUCGGAGAGUGGGUGGAUGUGGUGGUGGAUGACCGGCUGCCGGUGAGGGAUGGAAAGCUGCUGUUCGUCCACUCAGCUGAGGGAGCAGAAUUCUGGAGUGCACUGCUGGAGAAAGCCUAUGCAAAGCUGAAUGGCUGUUACGAAGCACUCUCUGGUGGCAGCACCUCUGAGGGCUUCGAAGACUUCACCGGUGGGGUGACGGAGAUGUACGAGCUAAAGAAGGCCCCCCCGAACCUCUACAGCAUCAUCCAGAAAGCGGUGGACAGAGGCUCCCUGCUCGGCUGUUCCAUCGACAUCACUGGCUUCUUUGACAUGGAAGCAGUCACCUUCAAGAAGCUGGUGAAGGGCCACGCCUACUCUGUCACAGGGGUGGAGGAGGUGGAGUUGAAGGGGAGCCUGACCAAACUGAUACGCAUCCGCAACCCCUGGGGAGAGGUGGAGUGGACAGGAGCCUGGAGUGACGAAUCACGGGAGUGGAACAGUGUUGAUCCAUCUGUCCGGUCCAGACUACAUCACCGUAGUGAAGAUGGAGAAUUCUGGAUGUCCUUUAGUGACUUUAUGCGGGAGUUCAGUCGCCUGGAGAUCUGUAAUCUGACACCAGAUGCCCUGCAGGUGAGUCAGCUGAAGAAGUGGAACACGGUGCUCUACCCGGGGGAGUGGAGAAGGGGCAGCACCGCUGGCGGAUGUAGAAAUUACCCAGCAACAUUCUGGAUCAAUCCUCAGUACAAAAUAGCCCUCACGCAGCCAGACACAGACAGCCAGUCAGAUUGCAGCUUUCUGGUGGCCCUGAUGCAGAAGGAUCGUCGUCGGUUACGUCAGGAGGGCAAGGACAUGGAGACCAUUGGAUUUGCUAUAUAUGAGGUUCCUGAAGAGUGUAAAGGUCAGGCGGGGAUGCACCUGCGUCGGGACUUCUUCCUGAAGCAGGCGUCCAAAGCGCGCUCGGAGCUCUUCAUCAACCUGCGCGAGGUCAGCUCCCGCUUCUGCCUCCCAGAGGGGGAGUACAUCAUCGUCCCGUCCACCUUCGAACCCCAGAAGGAGGGAGACUUUGUGCUGAGGGUGUUCUCGGAGAAACCGGCCGACUCCCAAGAGCUAGACGAUGAGCUGACAGCAGAUCUGCCUGAGGAGGAGCGGCUUGAUGAGAGUCAGAUUGAUGAAGGCUUCAAAAACCUCUUCAAACAGCUGGCUGGACAGGAAAUGGUGAUCACUAUAUCGAAGUUGCAAAUGAUCUUGAACAGGGUUGUAAGCAAACAUAAAGACCUGAAAACAGAUGGCUUUGGAAAGGAGGCGUGUCGAUGUAUGAUAGCUCUAAUGGACACUAAUGGCAGUGGAAAGCUAGGCCUGGCAGACUUCCAUGUGCUCUGGGAGAAAGUUAAGAAAUACCUUACUAUAUUUAGGAAGUUUGACUUGGACAAGUCUGGCACCAUGAGCUCCUAUGAGAUGCGUCUGGCACUGGAAUCUGCAGGUUUCAAGUUGAAUAACCACCUCUUCCAGCUGAUCAUUCUGCGCUACGCCAAGCCAGACCUUAAUGUGGAUUUUGAUAACUUUGUCACUUGCCUGAUUCGUUUGGAGUCUAUGUUCAAGACCUUCAAAACAAUGGACACCGAUGCUGAUGGAGUGGUAUCCUUCAACUUCUCCCAGUGGAUCUCUCUCACCAUGUUUGCCUAAAGGGACAUGUGCUGCUCUCGGAACUGGCCAAUGCUAAAGGAACAUGUGCUGGUCUCGGAACUGGCCAAUGCAAGCAUCUACAUU